AUGUCCGCGGAUAAAAUGGAGAGCGUCUCACUCAUGAUUGCUGUGACAGUCUUUACCCCGAAGUCCGGCCGCCCGAAGCGAGUUGUGGGGCCCCAAGCUCUCAGGUCGUACGUGCCCAUGCUGGACCAUUCUCGAGGUCAUGCCGGUGGUAGCAGAGUUCUGGCUUCGCAACUGACGGAAGAAGGAAUUGGUCGAGCAACCUCGUUAUGUUUCUCACGAGAUGGUUGUUCUAAACUCGUGCUUGGGGACGCGUCUCUGUCAGAGCUCGAGGAAACCCGCAGCAUCAUCAAGCGCGAACAACCGAAUGCACAGGUCGAAAUCGUGAAUCUGGACAUCAGCGAUGAAGCCUCUGUGGACGCCUUCUAUGCUCGGGCGGUUGACAAUUUUGGCCGUGUCGAUUUCGCCGCCAAUAUUGCUGAUUACGAGCAUGCUGUGCAGCCGGUCACGGCCCUUGACGAAGAUGAUUACGAGAAAUCCUACACAGUCAAUCUACGAGGGAUCUUCUUAUGCCAGCGAGCAGCGCUCAGACAAAUGCUGAAGCAAGAAUCCCUCCCCGGGCUGGGACGAGGGAGCAUCGUGAACGUGGGUAGUCUAUCAUCUACCAGCCCAUUGGGAGGAUUGACGCUAUAUUCCGCCACCAAAGGGGGCGUCCUGGGAUUGACCAUAACGGAUGCAUUUGACUACGGCGCAAAGGCUAUCAGGCUCAACAUGGUUGCACCAGGACACACCAUCAACCCGACCCUCGAGUCCGCCGAUGACAAGUAUGUGUCCAAAACUGCCUUGAAACGCCACGGGGACCCCAAGGAUGUCGGCAAUGCGGUGGCUUGGUUGUCUUCUCCUAGGGCUUCAUAUGUGACAGGAAUCACAUUGACUGUUGAUGGUGGACUUCAUUUAACUACUGGGCCACCUUAG